AUGACAGCCUUCCCCUUCGCCAAGCACCAACAGCCAUUUCGCGCUUUUCUUACGUCGCCACGCUCCGUCUCGGCCACUUUAUUCUGCACGCACUCUGCGUUCGCCCAAAGUCUCCCCAAGGUCAAGAUGGCUUUCGCAAAUGGCGACGGCGACUUGUUCCAGAUGGACCGUGAGCGCUUCGACUUCAACCUGCAGUUCGAACAGCUCUUCUUUUCCAUCAUCCCGUCAGCCCUGUUCAUCGUAACAUCACUAUGGCGCACGCUAUCGCAGGCACGAAAACCCACCGUCAUUCAUGCUCCUGUUUUCCAAUACGUCAAAUUAGGUGCCAUCGUGAUCUAUGUCGGACUUGAACUCACACUUCUCGUCUUGACCGCGAUUGGGAGUUUUCAUACGACGUCGAUAUUCAUGGCCUCGUCUGUGCUGAAGCUGGUGGCCGCACUUCUCAUGAUAACCGUAAGCAUUGUCGACCACAGCAAAAGCCCGAGGCCAUCGAUACUUUUGAACUGCUACCUGUUCCUGACUCUGCUGCUGGAUGUAGCCCAGACACGAACUCUCUUCCUGCUGUCGGGCAAACAUCCCGAGCGUACCUACAGCGUAAUGUUCGCCGUUUCUAUGGCUUUGAAGGCACUGAUAUUGCUACUGGAGGCAAACCCUAAGUCCAGAUGGAUUACCUGGGACGACAAGGAGCACAGCCCCGAGGAAACAAGCAGCAUCUUUUCGCUCGGUGUGCUGUUCUGGAUGAAUGAGAUGUUUUUGAGGGGCUACAGAAAAACCCUCACCAUGGAUGACCUCUAUCCACUCGAUACAUCGUUGAACACUAAGCUCCUGCACGAGAAGUUCUCCCAGAACAUCGACUACUCCAAGCUCAAGGGCGAUAAAUACGGCCUUCUCAAAGCAUUACUCAAGACCCUGAAGGCCCACCUGUUGAUGCCCGUCAUUCCACGCUUGGCUCAGCUUGCUUUCACCUUCAGCCAGCCAUUCUUCAUCGAGAAGCUGCUCGGGUACCUCAAUCAACCGCAGGUUCCCGCGAACGUGGGCUAUGGUUUCAUUGGGGCUAGCAUACUGAUUUACUCUGGAAUCGCCAUCUCCACAACCCUUUGCAUGUAUCCACACCAUCGGAUGCGCGCCAUGGCAAGGUCGAUUCUCGUCACUGAAACAUUCAUUAAAGCCACCAAGGCUCAACUGGGAGCUGAGGAGCGCAGCGCCGCGGUGACACUGAUGAGCACCGAUAUCGAGCGCAUCAAGCUGGGAUUCAGAAUGAUCCACAACGUCUGGGCCGGCAUCAUCCAGGCGGCUCUGGCUGGUUGGAUGCUGUAUAUCCGCCUGGGGGCUGUGUUUGCGGUGCCCAUCGGAAUCGUCACAUUCUGCUUUCUCUGCAUUGGCGUCCUUUUGACCUUCACGGGCGACUCGCAGAGGUCCUGGAUGGCAGGAGUCGAGAAGCGUGUCGGUCUGACGGCGGCGGUAAUCUCCAGCAUGAAGAACCUCAAGAUCUCUGGCCUCUCGUCUACCGUCGGGGACUUUGUGCAGAAGCUCCGCGUCGAAGAGCUCGCGGCCGGGGCACGAUUUCGCAAGAUAUUCAUCCUCGCCGCGCUCUGUGGCUUCACACCCAUGCUGCUCAGCCCGCCAUUGACGAUCGGGUUCAGUCAGAACACUCUCGAUACCCAGACGGUGUUCUCAAGUCUUUCGUUUCUUGUGCUGCUCACCAAUCCUCUGUCACAGAUCUUCCAGGCUCUCCCUGAGAUCGUUUCCGGUCUGGCAUGCAUUGGCCGAAUCCAAGCUUUCUUGGAAUGUGAAACCCGCCAUGAUUUUCGGCGAGUUCUUGGUGACCGCGGGUAUGAUUUGAAGCCCGAGUCUUUGAGCCAAACCCCGGCUACCGACGCCGAAAAGAGCGAGAAGAGCAUCCGGCCCAGUUGUGCGGUAGAGAAUGAUGGUGUCUCCUCUAAGGCGAAAGUCGAGUCGGAAGAUGCUGCUUUUUUUGUGCAGAAUGGAAAUUUUGGCUGGGAGGCAGACACCUUGGCACUGCAAAAUGUCAACGUUCGAAUUGCCAAGUCCUCGCUCACUAUGGUGGUUGGACCCAUUGGCUCGGGCAAGUCCACACUCUGCAAAGUACUACUUGGCGAAAUUCCCGUCAGCGAAGGCAGUGUUGUGCUAGGCACGCGUUUUCCCCAUGUUGGAUUCUGUGAUCAAACGGCCUUCAUCUACAACGGAACAAUCAGGGACAACAUCAUCGGCUUUUCUCCCAUAGACGAGCACAGAUAUAACGAAGUUAUCAGGGCCACGGCUCUGGGCUACGACUUUAGUGUUCUCGCACAGGGCGAUAGAACGGUCGUCGGGUCCGACGGCAUUAUGCUGUCCGGUGGCCAGAAACAACGCAUUUCCCUUGCGCGGGCUCUCUAUCUGCAAUCUGAUCUUCUUGUAUUAGACGACAUCUUCAGCGGCCUGGAUGCGGAUACUGAGCAGGAGGUUUUCCGCCUUACCUUCGGUCCCAAAGGCCUUCUGAAGCAGAGACGCUCCACCGUCGUCUUAUGCACACACAGCGUGAAGUACCUGCCGUCAGCAGAUCAUGUUAUAGUACUCGAAGAUGGCAGAGUAGUUGAGCAGGGAGACUACAAGAGCUUGAUGACCGGCCAAGGUUAUGUCGAGCGCCUGGGAAUCACAACCUCUUCAGAUCGCAUUUCUGAAUCGGACGAGGUGAAAUCCACAAGCAACACGACCGGAUUGAAGUCAAAUCAGUCCAAUGCGACGGCGGCGAGGCCGGCUGCUAUUGCCGAGCAUAUAGGAAAGUCUCGCCCGGUGGGUGAGAGGACCGUAUUCAAGCACUACUUCAAGAGCAUGGGCUGGGUACUGGCAGCCUUUUCUCUCUUCUUUGCUGCUCUUUGGGGGUUUUUCACCAACUUCCCAACAGUCUGGCUCUCUUUCUGGACGGACGACCUCAAGUCUACGCCUUCCGAACACUCCCAGGCGUACUACGUUGGAAUAUACAUCAUGCUUCAGGUCUCAGCCAUGAUCUCGUUGCUUCUCCUUGGAAUCUUGAUCUUCGUCGUCUCGGUGAAACGAGCCGGUGCCAAUCUGCACCAAGAGACUCUGCGGACAUUGAUCCACGCGCCCCUCCAUUACAUCACGAGGACUGACGCUGGCGUGAUCACAAAUCUCUUCUCGCAAGAUCUGAACCUUAUCGACACUGAGCUACCGGACGCAUUGUUGAAUACCCUCUUUUGUGCUUUGAAGCUCUCCCAAGCCAUUGGACAAGCGGCGGUUAUGCUCACUUCGUCUGCAUACCUGGCCAUCAGCUAUCCAUUUAUUGCGGUCGUACUGUACGCGAUACAGAAAUUCUACCUCCGGACUUCGAGACAACUGAGGCUGCUUGACCUCGAGACCAAGAGCCCUCUCUACACCCACUUUCUUGACACUUUGAAGGGAAUUACCACCCUGAGAGCUUUCGGUUUCAUACCCAAAGAUAUCACCAAGAACGCGCACCUGUUGGAUUCCAGCCAAAGGCCAGCCUACCUCCUGGUUAUGAUCCAGGAGUGGCUGAAUCUCGUUCUCGACCUGUUGGUGAUGGUGUUGGCGGCGGUCCUGACUACACUCGCUGUCCGGCUCCACUCCAGCGCUGGCUUUGCUGGUGCCUCGUUGGUCACCUUGCUGAGUCUUGGGGAGAAUCUGUCCGGAUUUGUGGUCUAUUAUACCAGACUGGAGACGUCGAUCGGGGCGAUAGCCAGACUCAAAACCUUCAACGAGACAGUCCAACCCGAAGAGAGAGACGAGGAGGAUAUCUUGCCUGCCGCCUCCUGGCCGCAGCAUGGUGCAGUCGAGUUUGAGGGUGUCUCGGCGAGCUAUCGUAUGAACAGCCACGGCCAGGACAAAGAUGGAAGUCAAGAUGAAGACGGCCUCCCCAACUUGGCCCUCACUGACAUUCGCCUGGCGAUCAAGCCGAGAGAGAAGGUUGCCAUUUGCGGUCGCACGGGCAGUGGCAAGUCCAGCCUGAUUGCUCUGCUUCUGAAACUUCUCGAACCCGUGCCGACGAAGUCAGGUCGCGUGGUGCUCGACGGGGUGCCGCUCAAGAAUGUGGAUCGGACCACGCUGCGCCAACGAAUCAUCGCGGUGCCCCAAGAGGCCGUCUUCCUGCCAGACGGAACCAGCUUUCGGGCCAACCUGGACCCGGCGGGCGUGUCGACGGCGGAAGAAUGCGAGGCCGUCCUCGCUGCCGUGGGUUUGUCGAGGUUCGUGCAAGAGCGAGGAGGCCUCGACUCGAGCAUGAGCGCGGGAACGUUGAGCGCGGGACAGCGGCAGCUCAUAUCACUGGGACGCGCGGUGCUGCGGCGACGCCUCCGGGGCCAAGACAACGGCGGGAUCCUGCUGCUCGACGAGGUCAGCUCGAGCGUGGACGUGGAAACGGAGCGGGCGAUGCAGCAAACGAUCCAGGCCGAGUUCGAGGCCUACACGGUGAUCGCCGUCAGCCACCGGCUCGAUAUGAUCAUGGACUUUGAUCGCGUCGUCGUCAUGGACAAGGGCGAGAUUGUCGAGGUCGGGCAGCCAAGAACACUGGCAGACCAGACGGGGACUCGCUUCGGCGGGUUAGUGAACUCAGGGGUCAACUGA